UGGGGCCUUUGCGUCACUUGCAGUCACCACAGGCUCAGCUCGCUGUGCUGCAGGGUUAGAGACGGCUCAGCGGGGCCAGCGGAGGAGAAAUCCUGGGGGAGUCUGUUCGCCAUGGAUGAGGACGUCAGGAAGAAGGGAAUACUGUACAUUCAGCAGCAGAGGUUUGGCAAGAAAUGGAAGAAGGUGUGGUCGGUCAUCUACAGAGAGAGCACCUGCUCCAUCUCUCGAAUGGAGUUCUUUGAGUGCAAAGACAAUGCAGUCAGCAUGGAGAAGGCUGACAAGAGCCUCCGCAAGCAGGAGAACAAGAAGGUGAUCAAGCUGAGCGACUGCAUCCGUGUGGCGGAGAAGGAAGUGGAGGGCUGUCCCAGGGACUGCUGCCCCUUUGUGGUGGAGACCACCGAGAAGCUCUUUGUGUUUGCUGCGGAGAACUCCGAGCUGGAGGACUGGACCCAGACCCUUUGUGAGAUCGCCUUCCCUAAAAAUUGGACAGACUGGGGGAUGGCCAAGCGUGGCAGCGUCCAGAGGGGGCACUCAAGAGGGGACCCAGAAGAGUCCACAAUGGAGGAGAACUCUCUCUACAGCAGAAGAGACCAUGCUGUAAAGGACUUCAGGGUGGUGGUGAGAAAAACGGAGGCCUCAGAGAGGUGCCAGAUACGUGGAUCCUUCUUCCUGCGUGCCGAUUCAGACAGCCUCAUACUCAUGGACCCAAAGUCAGGAGAGGUGCUCUUCACCUGGCCCUACCGUUUCCUCCGAAGGUUCGGCCGGGACAAGAUUACCUUUUCCUUUGAAGCGGGGCGUCGAUGUGACACCGGAGAAGGGAACUUCGAGUUUGAGACCAAGCAGGGGAAUGGCAUCUUCCUAGCCGUGGAGAUGGCCAUCAACCUGAAGAAGAACACGCUCACCCCCUACAGGCAAGCCUCGGGAGGAGCCGACAUGGAGCCGGGCCCCAGACACCCGGUGACCAAGGACAGCAGCGUCUACAGCACCAUCACUGAAGCCCCCACCAGGGAUGGCCCCGCCUCGCUGCCAGGCACCUGGUCCAGGCUGGAGCCGCCCAUCGACAAAGCGCUGACGGGGGUUAAGAGCCUCACCCUGGACACCAGGCCGCCCCCCCGGAAGAACCAGGUCAAGAAUAUUUCCAGCUGCCCGCUCCUCAACAGCGAGGACCAGGCCUAUUCCCAGAUCUCCAUGCCCCGGGAGCAGGGGGAGCUGGAGGAGGCCAAGCCAACGUCCACGGGUCAGAGCAGGCAUGGCUCUCAUGACGAGUACUCCCUCCCCUUUGACACUAUCAACAAGGCCCUGAUGGCCACCUUCCUGGCUGCUCACCCGCCCAUAGCUGGGGAAGCAGGCAAUGAGAGGGAUGACUGUGCAGACGGCGCAGAGGCACCUGAUCCCAUCUAUGACUCUAUCGAUGAGUUAACAGUCAGGCCGGUCAGCAAGAGCCAGCCCCAGGGCCAGAAGCCCACUCAGUACAAGGUGGAGCACAUUUACGAUGAGCCUGAGGGGUGCGCGCCCAGGGUGACGGGGGUCAGGGGGCCCACCUCCCUUUACGACGAACCGGAAGAGGUCAAGGGUUACGCAUGGAAAUUACAGGGCACAGCAGUGGACCCCAGUGGCCAUGAGUAUCCUUACAACCCUAACAUUGAUGACUAUGCUGUCCCAAAACCACCAAAGAAGGCUUUCCCUGACCCUGACCAACCAAAAGAAGAGGACGACUCCCCUUACGAUAAUGUGAUGUCAAAAAUGACCAGCAGAGGGAACAGAUAACAAUGUUUCUG